AGUCAGUGUGGCCCGAACACCCGGUCUACCCCCUUCGCGCCAGUCUCGCCCGUCCGCCGUUUUCGCUCCCGCAUCUUUCGUCGACCUCCCUGCAGAUAAAACCCCGUGGCCCCGGUCGAGUCCCAGGACCCCGCGAUCCCUGCCACCCGGGGGCAACCCUUGGAAAGAUACCCGUGGUUUCCCCCGGCGGGGCGAAAAAAUCAUCCCCGGGCGAGUCGCAGGGCGGCCCGACCACCCCAGGUCGCGUCGUCAUUCUCCCCGUACCGUCGCGCCCGACGUUCCGGUGAACCGUCGCCCAGGAUCAGCUGUUGCCAGUCUGGAAGAGUGAAAGAUGUCGAGGAGCCGGAGACCCACGGCCUUUCUCGUGGCCGGGGCCCCGAUCGCCCUGACUGUUCUCCUCGUGAUGCUGAUGGGAGAGAUAGGGCGCUGUUCGCCACCCCACCGGGGUAGGAGGCACCACGCGGACAUCUCCCACGAGGACAUUGCAAAGGGUGAACAUCCGCUGCCUAAGCCCGAGUCCCUGAACCUGAACCCCGAUGACGAGCUGGUGGUGCGCACUAGAAAGGGAAAGGUGCGAGGUGUCACGCUGACAGCGACAACCGGGAAGAAGGUCGACGCGUGGAUGGGCAUCCCCUACGCCCAGAAGCCGCUAGGCCCCCUCAGGUUUCGUCAUCCUCGGCCGGCGGAACGCUGGGACGGAAUACUGAACACCACCACGCCUCCCAACAGCUGCGUCCAGAUCCUCGACACCGUAUUCGGGGACUUUCCCGGGGCGACGAUGUGGAACCCGAACACCCCCCUGAGCGAGGACUGCCUCUACGUGAACGUCGUAACGCCUCGACCCCGGCCUACUAACGCGGCGGUUAUGGUCUGGAUAUUCGGCGGCGGAUUCUACUCCGGAACCGCGACACUCGAUGUUUACGAUCACAGGACGCUGGUUUCCGAGGAAAACGUGAUCCUCGUUUCGAUGCAGUACCGGCUGGCCAGUCUGGGCUUUCUCUACUUCGGCACCGGCGACGUUCCCGGAAACGCGGGACUCUUCGACCAGGUCCUCGCACUCCAGUGGGUCCGGGAUAACAUCGGAGCGUUCGGGGGUAACCCGGACAACGUGACCCUCUUCGGCGAGAGUGCCGGCGCAGUUUCCGUGUCCUUCCACCUGCUCUCACCCCUGUCGAGAAACCUCUUCAGUCAGGCGAUAAUGCAGUCCGGUUCGCCCACGGCACCGUGGGCGAUGAUCUCCAGGGAGGAAUCAAAGGUCCGCGGUCUGCGACUCGCCGAAGCCCUCGGCUGCCCCCACGAAGAGUCGGCCCUCGGCAGCGCCGUCGAGUGCCUGCGAAGUAAGGACCCGUUCGACCUGGUGAACAACGAGUGGGGCACCCUGGGCAUAUGCGAGUUCCCGUUCGUCCCAGUGAUAGACGGUGCCUUCCUCGACGAGACCCCCCAGCGCUCGCUCGCCUCAAGCCCUACGAACCCUUCGUUCAAGCGGGCGAACAUCCUUAUGGGCUCUAACACGGAAGAGGGCUACUAUUUCAUCAUAUAUUACUUGACAGAGCUCUUCCGGAUUGACGGUACGGAGGACGUCAAGGUUAGCCGGGAUGAGUUCCUCCGGGCUGUGAGGGAGCUGAAUCCCUACGUCAACCAGAUAGCUCGCAAUGCUAUCGUCUACGAGUACACCGACUGGCUCCGACCCGACGAUCCCUACCGCAACCGGGACGCCCUUGACAAGAUCGUCGGCGACUAUCACUUCACCUGCAACGUGAACGAGUUCGCGGCCCGCUACGCCGAGACCGGGAAUACGGUUUACAUGUACUACUACACCCACAGAUCGGCGAACAAUCCAUGGCCCUCGUGGACCGGUGUUAUGCACGCCGACGAGAUAAGCUACAUAUUCGGCGAGCCGCUUGAUUCCUCUCGGGGUUACACCCGGGAAGAAGUAUACCUCUCGAAACGGAUGAUGAGGUACUGGGCCAACUUCGCUAAAACUGGGAACCCUAAUAUGGGGGACGAUGGUUCAUGGGCAGAGACGACCUGGCCUGAACACACCUUCGCCAAAAGAGAGUAUCUGACGCUCGCGACGAACUCUACCGAAAUUGGAUAUGGUCCCAGGUCGAAGCAAUGCGCCUUCUGGAAGAAGUAUCUACCUCAGCUUAUCGCAGCCACCGCGAACAUGAAGAGUAGCCCCGGCGAAAAAUGCACCAGCGGAGCGUCGGGGAUGCGGGAAGUUACGGGUAGCGACGGGGUGACGAGCCUGCUGCUGGCGACGGCUCUCGGAGUCGUUCUAUGGCACCGUAGCACGUUAUACCCGACGGUUCGGCUGGUUCACCUGGCGUCGAAACCCUCGAACGCGCGAGGCCUCGUGUAGCUCGACUCCGUCGCCGCGCCGCAACCCUUUGUACCUUCGACGUAUGCAUCACAUUAUAGAGAGAUGCCCCACGUAAUAUAGAUAUAUGUAUCAUACACCUAUGCCAGACGCGGAGGCGUAUACUAUGGGUGUGCGUAUAUGUGUAUUGCUCAUAUAAUGGUACGCGACGGUUCGUGUACGUCGCACGUUCGUUGUGUAUAUGCACGCACCGCGCGUGUCAACGAAGGAGAAGAGAAAAAAAAGGAUAAAGAAAAUAAAAAAAAAAUAAAAAAUAGAAAUAACAAAAAAAAAAUAAAAUAAACGACAAAUUGCAAACAUAUCAGUGUAGUUGAAGCACGUGGCCGCCGGGAGGCCGCAGAGUCCACAGAGGGUAGGUAUAUGUAUAAUAAUGCGACAGUACGGAGCGCAGCUGCCUUCAGGGUCCCCAGACUCGCCCUCGCUGCACGAGGAGUAAGGACCGAAUGCCUCGUCGUCGGUCGUCGGUCGAGGAUGGGGCGAUAUCCCCGUUUUACACACCCUCGCGACCACCCUAUAAUACGGGGGGACCCAGGGACGUAGAGACGUUAUACGUACCACAUAUAAUAUACAUAUACAUAUGAUAUGAUAUGUAGGAUAUAGGGAUCAGGUUAUUAUAGGCAGGUGUUAACAAAAAAGAUACGCUUUGCCAAUGCGCCCGGUAAUAUACAACACACUCACUAAUUGAGUAUUUGAAUGAAAUUUUUUUAUUUCAUAUUCUUGUAGAUUGGAAAAAAAUAUUUUGGACAUAUUUUUUAUUUUUUCGAUUGAAUCAAAAUUGCCAUUAAUAUAACAGAUUGAAAACUAUAACAUUGUGACGUCACCCAUGUUAAGAUAUAUCUAUAUAUAUUAAAAUCAGUGAAAUUCAAUCAGCUAUAACAUGAAAAAUUAUCAUUUUUAACGAAAAACAAAAAAUACGUCCUCCUUAUUUUGGCUUGCACUGCAUUAUGAACCCCUAAAAAUGGAAAAAAAAUUUCAUUCAAAUACUUAAUUAUACAUAUGCACGCAUACGAACAUACGUACAUACAUACGCACAUAAUACAAAAUAUACCUAUACCAUAUACCUAUGAUAUUGCUUGACAAUGCACGCAGCCCGUGCGCGCGUAUGUCAUUAAUAAUUCGUAUAAAUGUAUACUGGUUCUUUUAGAUAUGAUGACUGCAUUUACAAAUACGGGGAUGGUACACUUUCUUUUUUUCGCGGGUUUCUUUUCAACUUUGUAAGCUGUUAAUACGUAUAAUGAUACUGUGUGUAGGUAUAUACGUUGCACGGAUGCGUGAAUUAGAAAGACGAAAUAACCAAGUACGCGUCACACGUUGUACGUAUAACGUAUACAUACCUGUGCGUACAUAAUUGGCCAAUAUUGAAUAAUUCGAAUUGCGAUAAGCUGAAAUUUCAGUCUCGCACGUAUGCGAUGUACCGUGUUAUUGUGUCGUUUGAAAUUUGCUCAUUUAUCACAGAUGUAUGGGGAAGUUUCAGCACGCGAUCGGUUACGUCAGAGCUUCAUUUUUCAUAUCGCGGUAUCGUAGUUGAGCUUCCAUGACAUAUUCUAGCGAAACAGCGAGAAGAUGCUGAAUACUAAUAAAAGCAGAGUUUUCCUGAACUAGCUGGUAGUAGAAUCGCUUGCUUGAUUAAUUUUAUAUAAUAUGCCCAUAAAAUCUGGUACGGGUAUGUAUACAAACAUACAAACUCUAAAAAAUGCAGAUUAUAUUAAAAAACGAACGCGUACCGCACCAAGCUAUAAUAUUAUAUCUAUAGUAUGAAUAUGAAUAUAAACUAUAGAGAGAAAAUGAUGAAAGAUAAGAAAAGAAAAUAUACGAGAGAACAAAAUUAUUAUACCGAAAACUAACGACAUUAUUAUAAAUAUACAUAUAUAAUACAUAUACUAACGAGAGCCUACUAGUAAGCUUUAUACUACACAUAUAUAUAAUAUAUUUAUUUGUAUAAUAACAUAUACUAUAUAUAUAAUAUAAUUACAAUUAUUCAUUAUAAUAUAAAAUACACAUAGAUUGUAGCUAGAGGGCGAUUUAAGAAUACAAUAUUAUACUUAUUAUUUAUAAAAUUUUAAGCAUAUGGAAAGAAAGGGGAGAAGAACAAAGUGACCCAAUCUUCCGUCACCCCGAGAGUUGUAAAUGAAUGGCCUGUCUGUAAAUUCGUAAUAUACCUACUCCAAUAUUAUUUAUACCGCAUACUUGGAAUCUGGAGACCUCACACUGUUAGGUAAAUAAGAUGUCGACUGCAGGUGUACCUGAAUUCAAAUACAAUUCGACACCUCCGCAUAUAUUGUGGAAUAUGCACUGCAUGUAUGAACACAUUGGAAAUUAAAAACGCAACAUUAAUUGCACAGUUACGCACGUAAGGUUUUCGAUCGCGUAUAGUUAUCACAAACUAAUUGAUCGUACAAAUGAUGUUGCGCUCGACUUCUAGGCAAAGAUCCCGGUCUAUAAAUCAAUAAUUAUGUAUAUUAUAGGUAUACGCUAUUAAUUACAAACAACAAAAAGAAAAAUAGCAACAUAAAAUUAAUAUAACGAACGAAGUAAAGUGAAAUAAUAUGGCUAAUACUAAUACUGACGACAUCAACAAGUAUGCUUGAUAUUAAUAUAACUAUUAUUUUUCGCAUUAUUAUUGCAACUACUUCUAUUUCUAUUAUUAUCAUUACUAUUAUUACUAUUAUUAUUUCUCUUGUUUUGAGUAUCAUUAUCAUCAACAUUAUAGUUGUCAUUAUUAUCAAUAAUAUCAUUGUUAUUAUUAUUUUUAUUAUUAUGAUCACUAUCAUUAUUACUGUUAUUAUUGUUAUCAUUGUUAUUGUUAUUAUUAUUGCCAGUAUCAAAUCGGUAGAAGAAAUUGUCAUAUAAUUAUAUAAUCCUAUAAAAAGUUUCUUGCUGCCUUAAAUACAACUACAAAUAUGAUAUUAUACUUAUAAUAGAAGAAUAUUCGGUAUAGUAGUGAAUUCGGCCCUGUAUAAUGUACUUAUAGGCAUAUAGUUAUUAUUAUAGUACAUAAUGCAACAUUCCGACCUAACACAACGUAUGUACGAUUAUAUUAGGUAUAUAGCAUAGUAAAGAAGAAAAGAUGAAGAAUGUUAGAAAGAAAUCACCCCUAAGCAGGGGCAUAAACGAAAAGAAAUCAUUGUUACUUUGAAACUUUCUUUUUUAUUACACCACAUCUCUCUCUCUCUCUCUCUCUCUCUCUCUCGCGCGCUCUCUCUCUCACGCACACACACACUCUAUGCAGAUGUACUGACUGCGGCAAAUUUAGAGUCCAAUGCAAAUCGUGCUUGUACAGAUGCAUGUAUACGCAGCUUUUGGCAGAUGCUUUUUACAUUUGCUUUUUUUUUUAUAAUAUCGCACGCCUCUCGGUAAAUUCAAAUACAGUUGUUUAUUUUAAGGCGUCUAAAAGUACCGACAUACCACAAUAUCACAGCUUACAGGUAUGUCGUACGUCUAGACGGAAAGCGGCAAAGGGUUCGAACCUGGUGGAUUAUCCAAGUGGGGAGUAUUAUCGAUUGUUAAUUUUUUGCAUCUUCAUGCAACUCCCUUUCUACCCUCGAUUUCGAUUUGAAUUAUUAUCACUUAGUCAUUGCCAUAACUUGCAGUGAUUGUAUUCCAAUUGAUUUUUUUAGAUGAGGGUUAUAAUUUCUCUCGCCAUUGUUUGUAAUACUCGGAAAAUGAAAUAUCCAGCAUAUAAGACUAUGAUACAAUUUCUUCUGACAAUUCAAUUUUCAGAUAAUAUAACUAAUUGUAAGAAGUAAGAUUACCGAUUAUUUGCUUGAUAAGUUGGCUGUCGCAAAAUUGCGCGUUUAUAUAUGUAUACAUACACACAAAUUUAAUAUAAGAAAAUGAUAAUCAACAUACGUACAUAGUGUGUAUAGCACCUAUCAUAUCUACGUAUGCAGGUGUUCCAUUAUAGAACUAUGAAAAACUGAUUGUAUAUUUGAAUAUAGUAGAUGUGACUUGUAAGAUGAUGGAUCUGCAUACAAUGUACACCCAUUACUGUUAUCGUUAUUAUUUAUACGUCAUUGCAUUGCAUAGCUGACACCUACUGCACAAUACAUUGAAGGAUAGAAAAUGAGUGUAAAAUAUGAGCAACGAUUCGUGGAUUGCAUCCACAUCAGUGCAAUCCCGGUUUGAGUCUCGUGACGAGAUCAAAAAUUUCAACAUACAUUGUACACGCAUGACAUUAUACAUACAUACCUAUAGACAUUCGCUCGAGAAACAGUAGCCCACAGGCCUAAUGAGUAUACCUAUACAUAUAAUAUACACAUAUGCAUACUUAUAACCGACGUGUGUAUAUAAUGCAUACCUUGUUACUUACAAAAGCGGAAAAAAGUGCGUACACAAUGCCACGUUCCCGUAACUGUCCGGUACAUGUAUACAUAUGUAUGAGCUCAUACAUACAUAGAUGUAUGCACGCGUGUGUGGAUAUAUGUAUAUAAUACACGUAUUGUACAUGUUAUACAAUAAAUAAAGUAAUUUAUUGCUUGUACAUACAAUUAGCAGGGUAUAAUGUUCAGAAUCA